UGAUCUCGGGUGGUGUGCACGCCAGCAGACGUAAAUGUAAAUACAAAAUAAUCGGCCCUUGCACCUGUCUUAGCCUGACGCGGAGUUCGGGUGACAGACGGGUGGGGAUGUCAGGGGGACAUCACUUUACGUCAUCCGCAGGCACGUUGCACGACGACGGACGCUCGUGGCUGUCGGUGUCGUCACCAGCGUCAUUAAUUAAACACAAUACGUGAGGAGCACCCUGCUCACCCUGCGGCGGUCCCCACGCGGCACGCGGCGACUGUGUGCGUGCACAGUGUGUGCCGCACGUCCGGCUGCACUCGGCUGCUUAGCGGCCGGCCCACGGCGAACGUUCAGUUCUCCACUGCGCGAGUGAGCGUUCAUUUGAGGCUAAAGUGACGUCAGACAGACACAGCGACCAACCGAGCGAGAGUAAGUGAAAGAAGAGAAGAGGUGGACUGAAAAAGUUUGCCUGGUGGUUGGGUGGCUGGAAGUCAGGAGGAGCGGUACACGACUGGCAGACUGUCCUGAAACUGUAGAACGUUGUGGUGUAGUGAAGUACGAGUGAGAGCAGACUACUACACACACCACCACAACACCACCACCACACCUCGCGGCUUCUGCCCGAACGUUGGAAUGCGAGGGCUGAGGUGCUGCUGACCUUGGUCUCGCGUGACAGCUGCACGUAAGUGUUAGCAUCCUCCAGACAAGCCAGCAUCUGCGCAUGCGCCGUUAGUCUGCUGGGAGCACGCGCGCGCACGCACGCACGCGGAGCAUCUUCUGUGAUCAGCGUCUGUGUACUCGACGUUGCCAUGGCUGUCCCCAGCGAGGUUACCUGAUUGUCUGCUCCUCUACACAGGAAGUCGCCGCCACACGCUCUGAACUCCGCCGCUAGAGGGCGCGCGUGCCGGUGGGAGGACGUGGGGAGCCAGCAACGGGCGCCGAGACGAUAUGAGCGGCAGGCUAGCAUCAGCAUCUGCUUCUCUCGGCUAAACCAUCUGCACUCACACCCGUCUCUGCAUUCCGGAUGUCAGCGCCGAUUCUCCUGUCAGAUAGGUUGCCAGAGGAAGAUAUUCCAAAAUUCAUCGAGUGUAAUAUUACAGAAACGAGGCUGAGACAGAAGUUCUUUUGAGCGAGAGGAGGUGACAAAUCCUGGCAGCUCCAACUGCCUGUUGUUAGAUUUGAUAGUUGAGUUGACUAGUCAGGUUCCAGACAGUCGCAGACAGAGAACAGAUUCCUCUGUGGAAGCUAGACUGUCUGGCCUCUUGUUGUUGUGUUCUGUGUUGUGUCUGGAUGAGGUCAGGACUCGUCACCUCCAUCAGGAACCGUCCCCAAAACAAAGCCGCACGUGUCUGGUCCUGGUCAGGACCAGGCUUUGAAUGUGCGACGAAUAUUGGAGUGCAGGGACAGAUUCCAGAAAAGCCAGCGGGUGUAAGGGCGCACAUUUGAUGCUGAUUUUACGGAAGUUUGCCGAGCGUGAGCCUAAUUCUCUUCUCCUCCUGCAUUAACAGAUAAUUGGAUUCUUGCCCCGCGCUUCCAUGUGGAGCACAUGGAAUGUACUGAAGGUGUGGGCACGAUCAGGGUAGGCUUCAUCAAGCUCGGGCAUCAUGCGAACGUUUCUUAUUAAAUGGAUAAUUUAUCGAGACAGCCGGAGUCCUUUUUUUCGCCUUUGAAGUCGAAGGAAUAGAGCUGAACCUUUUCGAGUCUGUCGGAGUUGCAGGGGCUCGAGAGUUUGGAAUCCACGAUGUACUUCUAAUCGUUUGAGUGAUGCCGUGUGUCUAUCUUCGAUACCUGUUGGAAGCAGCGCGAAGGUGAGAAAUCGCGAUGUGGAACACUGCUCAGCAGGACUCCAUGGAAACGCACACUACCAUGCUACAAAUGGUGGUCAACGACAGCAAUACGACCGGCGUGUCGCCAGUCGACGAAAACUACUUCCGGUGGAACUUUGCCUUCUCCGUCAUCCUGGCCGCCGUGCUGUCCAUCUCAGCUUUCCUGGCAGUGGUGGGCAACUCCAUGGUGCUGACCGUUAUCAUCCGCCACCGGGGCAUGCGCACUAGGACCAACCUGUUCCUGGUCAACCUGGCUGUGGCCGACCUUCUGGUGGGCGCCGCUGUCGAGCCCUUCACCAUCACGACCCUCAUCGAAGGCCGUUGGGUGUUUGGUUCUACCACCGGCACCUUCUGCAAGAUCAACGGCUGGUUGAACUGCUUCUGCCUCGUGGCAUCCAUCCACACGCUCAUGUACAUUAGUAUUCACAAGUACGUGUCCAUCACCAAGCCUCUCGGCAACCACUUCAAGCUUCGCCAGAUCCUCGGCAUGAUGGCCGCCGCCUGGGUGUGGGCCGCCGUGUCGUCCACCAUCACUGUCACGGGACUUAGUUCUGUGCGAUACAAGAACGGAACCAGCCAGUGUGGCCCGGAGUACCCCUCGGGACUUAAGUCCUACAUCUUCCACAUCAUCAUACAGGUGACCAACAUCUUCAUCCCUCUCAUCAUCCUGACCUUCUGCUACACGCGCAUGUUCCGUGAGAUCCGGGCACACUCCAAGCGGCUGCAGGAGAACUCCACUCUGGAGCAGGACAUCAUCCUGGCGCAGCAGAAGCGGGUGACCAUCACCUUGUUCAUCGUGUUGGCCUGCUUCAUCAUCUGCGCGCUCCCCUACCACCUGUACGCCACCUACACCACUAUCAGCAUCAACAAGAAGUUCUCUCCCUAUAUCAACCCUGUGGCCUACUCCUUCUUGUACCUGAACAGCGCCUGCAACCCCAUCAUCUACGCCUUCAGGAGCCCUGCGUUCCGUGAGGGCUACAAAGAGAUCCUGUGUCAGACACCAACCUACAUCUUGAGCGAUGGGAUUCGUCCAGCACCGGUACCUCCGGUCGCAGGCAGUCCUACCUGUAAGGCUCGGGCCCUGGGCUCAGAUGCAACAGCUGAUGAAGCACAAAGUCCACUGUGGCAUCGCUUAUCUUCCUUCUUCUCCUUGCGCCGAACUUCGACAAUGUCCACCAUGGUGAAAGACCAGCACAGGUCAUCUGUUUGUAGCAUGAACAGUCUUGUUUGCCAGGGGUCCCCUGUUCAGGCUGUUCCAUCUGGCAGAAGACAGAAGAGUAUUUCAGGCCUCAUCCGAGCCACCCGUCGAUCCACCAGGCACAGCUCCAUCAUCCGCCGAAAUGGCAACAUCAUCAUUGUGAAAGGUGGAAAAAUCGUGAGUGUCCGGCGCCAGGAAAGUUUUCAGGCUAACAUUCCUGUGGUAAGUGAAUUGGCUGAUGAGACCACAGACAGUGCACCAAAGACAAACGGCUGUGCAAACCACAUUUCUCCUGAUUUGUCCAGCGAGAGUCUGCAGGGUCAGGACAGUGCAGUGUGGAAGAGAAGAAGCUGCAGUUCUGAAGGGAGUGACAGUGUGUUUGACGAUCGGUGCAACAAUUUGGCCUGCAGCUCAGACUUUGCAUGUGAUUCACCCUUGGAGAUGAUAAGUGAGGAGAAGAAACUGCUGUCUCAGACAAGUGAGGCUGAACAAGAGUGUGAAAGCAGCUUAAGCACCAAUGAGGUGUGUGCACCUGCUGAGAAAGCAUCACAUGUUGAUGACAAUAGCUUGGCUGGUGAAGGUGCGCCAUGUUAUCCCAAUAGGUUCAAGACAGAUGUAGGGAUCAUCAUAAACAUUGACGAAGAUGACAGUAUUCUGGACAUCAUGCCUCUGACACCACGUACACGCGACCAUAUUAUAGCUCGCAGUGACUUGUUUUUAGAUGAUGGGGCCAAGGCCUUUUCAGGAUCCUUGACUAAGCUCAAACCAGCACACAGUUCCCAGGCUCUGAGUAAACGUUCUUUACGUCGUUUACCGUCUGUAGAAUAUCUUGAUCCUCCAAUAGGUUUAAAGAAGGCAAGUAGUGAUAACAAUGUUCAAGCAUCCACAAAGCUGCAACAGAAUGUUCGAACACUUAAAAUACCAAUACCCAACCCUAAACGCUGGUCCUUUGGACGUAAAUUUGACAAGAAACAGGCAGAAAACGUUUGAUAUAUUCAAAGGCAAUGCUCUGCCUUUCUUCUUGUUUGGUGAUUGUCUAUUUGUGUCUGUCUUUUUACGUUUAACGUAUAAAGAAUUAAUGCUUUGGCUAUAGCUGAAUAAUAAAAUAUUGUUACCAAUCUGUGCUAUGACAAUGUUAACAUAAACCAUGUUGCAAUCAUUGUAAGAUAAAUGUUCAUCAACAUUUUCCUCAUUUUCUUCUUUCUUUCAUCUGAUGUUUUGUCUUCAUUUAUCAGAUGUUAUUACAUAAUUAUCAGAUUCAUUUUGUCAUUUAUCUGUUGUGUGCUGUUUACAAAUCCCAGGCUACUGCCUUCUUUUGCUCACCUAGUUGUAGUUUUAAGCUUUAACCUUCAGUCUUAUUCUUAGAUUUGAUCUGACAUUAUUAGUUUAUUGCUCAGCAUCAUCAUUCCUUAACAUACCUUGAGCGUUAUCCUUUCCUUACACCAGGGGAUUCCAAGUCUUGUUUUUGUACUUAUUUUACAUUGUAUUGAUCUUCUGGUUCCAAGUGUAUAUGUAUUCAAGGGACAUUACAGUUUCAUAUUGUGAGGAUUGUCUUGGGAACAAAUGAAAUUAUACAUUAUAUGCAGUUAAAACUAAAUUUACUGUGCAGAAUUUAAUUCUGGGUGUUAGUUGGUUAGUGGAACUCAUUCACUUUUAAUGGUUUUCUUUGUCUUUUAAAUAUUCCACAAUUUCUGUUUAAUUGACCAAACUUAUAAAGGUAAUCUAAUGUGGAAAUUAUAUAAGUCAUGUUCUGGUAUUAUUUUAAUUAUGUUUUAGUUUUUAUAUGUCAUCUAAAUUUUUAUUUUCACUUUAUUAUUUAGACAUUAUGACUUACUGUGAAACAAAUUUAACACAAGCACUUGGUAUCUACAAUUAUUAUAUUCCCCAUCUUGGAGUACUUGGAUGAUUGUUUUUGAAUUAACAUUUGAGAGCAGUUAGAGACGUAUAAUUCUGAGCCUGUGUUCUUGGCCACUGUUAUGUUAUCUGAUAUUUUGUCUCCAAGAUAAACUUAUGUCUGCAUACCGUAGUGCCAUGAGAAGAAAGUGCUCUCUGCUCUCCCACAGUCUCAACAUAGCCUCUUGUCUGACAGCAGCCCAAUCAAUGUUUUUGCUCAAAGUUAUCUAUAAUGGGGCAGGAGUGAAAAGCAAAGUUGUUUACAGCAGGGAAUCGGGGUGAUAAGCAUUUGAAAAGCAGUUGCAUAGCGAUAGAAAGCAUUCUGUAAUUAUAGACUGCAUUGUAGACCUUGCCUCAACAGUCUUGUUAGUCAUUUAUUUGUGAAAUCUUGAAAUCAGAUCAUGCUUUUAUAGUCGCUGCCUGUUUCUGAUGGUUAGUAUAUGGAAAAGGUACCAUGUUUCUGAUGAUGUAUAUACCUGCAGAGGGUUUUUUUUUUUUUUUCAAUAAUCAGCUUUGCACAAGCUGUUGAAGAUUAAGAACCACUCUGUGUAACUUUUAUGUUUUCAAAAGGACCAUUCAUUCCUGGGAUGGCUUGGGGAGGUUUAUUUUGUUUCCAUUUCAGUAUUGUUCAUGUCAGUAAUAUAUAAAAUUUCAAACAUUACACAAAGAAUGAUUUUCAGAUGUUCAAAUAUAUCUGCUGAGUAAACCUGCCUUAUUGCUUAUCUGUUAGAUGUUGCUCAAACAAUUUACUUUGCUGUUGCUGAUAUAUCAAAAGAACCAGAUAUAGUUUCAUUCCCUAGAAUGACAAAUAUUGACUAGAAUUAAACACGAUGGUUACUAAUGCAUAAUAGUUGGAGUAUUUACCAAGUCAUGUCCCAUUUGGAAAUACUUAACUUACAGUGAAUGGCAUGGUUUAUGUAAAUAUAGGGCUGCAGAGAGGACUGAAGUUAGUUUCAGACUUACUGUGCUGACAGGAUGCCAAGGAAGCUAUUUAUUAUGUAUAAAACAAGUUACCAAGUUUUGUGGCUUUCAUGCUCUUUGUACUCUGUAAUACUACUGACAUGACACACUUGUGUCAGUCACAGCCUUUAGCAUGCCAAUUUUUACUCUUCUAUUUCUAUGAUGUAAACAGAAAGUGGAGCAGUGAGAAAGGUCACAAUGUGGGCAAGUAAGUAUGAUGUAAAAGAAGUAAUUUACCCCAUUUGUCACCAUCUAUUAAUGUUAAUGUAAGUUUUUCAGUGAAUCUGAUAACAACGCUAGUGAUGUGCAUAGACUCGAACUAGUCAACAGACUAUCACAGUGAAAUUUGCCUUAAAAUUGUUCAGAUGAUGGUCACAUGCUUUAACCAACAGCUAAAAAGUCUUGCAUGAAAUCAACUGAAAUAUGUUUUUUUUCUGCGGUCAUAGGAUAAAAGAGAGUUUCAGAAGUCAGAAAUAGCUGGUGAUGCAGGAAAUCAACUAAGAUGUUUCUUUUGAACAAGACAAAAAUAUACAAAUACGGCUUCUGAGAUUUCAGAUAAGAGUUACAGCGUCUUGAACCGUUAGGCAAGAUGUCAGGAACUAAUAGUGAAUAUAUAACACUAACUUUCAUGUCGAUGAAACCAGGCUCAAAGUGCUUUGCAUGCACAAACAUGCACACAUACACACGUUAUAGACAGCUGCAGGAACCAUAUUGCCAGAAGCAUGCUUGUUUUCAUCUCCCCUUUUGGUAUCAAAAGAAAAGGGCGUGCAUGUAGGGGAGGAGGGGUGCAGAUACACAUUUCUUACUGAAAUUGGAAGACAUUUGUGUUUUGUUUUUGUUUUGCUUCAGUCUUCAAUUUACCUGUCAGUUUGUCAAUUAUAUGUUACCUGCUUCCUAUCUGCUUGGCUGCUCUUUAUUGUCAAGUGUAGAUUUAGUGUGUUUAGGCAUGUGAUAUGUUUUGGAAUUCUCUUUGAUAGGUGUCCUUUACGAUUGACUGCCCUUUGUGAAGUGGAUCUAGAUUAAUAAGUUGGUUUAAAUAAAUGAAUUUUGUUACUUUUUCCCAGUGACGAUCUGCUGCAUCUGUAAUCAUACCUUUAAAAUUACCUAUUAUUGGAGGACUUGUUUUAAAGCCUUGGCAAUGUGGAAUUCUUUUCAUUACUUUAUUGGCAGCUGUUUCCAUAUGUAGGUCUUUUCCAUUACUAUGAGUUUUGCAUGAUCACUGAGGGCCAUUCUCCUGUUGUUGCUUCCUGCUUUUGUCUAGGCUUUAUUUAAAUAGGUACAGGGAGAUGUUAUUUGUGUGAUGUUAUGUUAUUGUUUUUCAUUCCUCUUUUAGCUAUGCACUGUGCAAUGAUUUAAUUGAUCUCAUUUUAGUUAAUCAGAAUGUUACCAUUUUUGUUUUGAAAAGAGCAUAAUUUUUUCCUUGUUUUCAGUUAACUCAAUUAAGUGAUAGUUUGUUAUCAUUUGAUAAACUGGUCAGACUUAAGGAGAAUGAUGAUGAUGAUGUUGAUUAUCAGGGUGUCAAAAAGUCAUGUCACCAUUUUUCAAAUGAAGAACAAUUAAAAUUUACCAGAGACUGAGCAAAAAUUGUUUUACCAAAAAAAGAAAGUUUUAAACCUCAUUCAGACAGAUCAGGUUUGAUAAAGAAAUAUUUAGCUCUGCUUUUUGUGAAAUGUAACUUAAGAAUGUAACAGGAAAAAGACUUGUAUAAUUUUUUUUUUUCCUAGAGUGGAAAGCUAUUGAUGAUAAUCUAUUGCCAGACUUCAUGACAAAAAUUAAGAUCAUACACUAAAGUGCCCCAGUUGCAGAAUAACAAUCUAGGAUAAUUAUCUUGGGCUGUCACAGCUAAAUUUGCCAAAGCACUAGUAAGAUGUAUUUAUCACAUUUGUGGAUCGUUCAUUUAUAGAGAUUGUCUAAAGUAAUUUAGUUACAUCGUUACUCCCGGGGCAAGGGCUGUGUCUGUCCUAACUGGAUGCCCAUGAAAUAUCCUGUGCAUCAGUUUUUCCCUGGCAUCUACUUUCAUGUUUAUUUUAUUCAACUGGACCAGGACCUUCAGCUUCCAUUAUACUUCACCAAACAUUGCUCACACCAUGAGGUUUGUCCUGCGAACACUUUUUGUUCAGUUUUUGAAUUGUUUUGGUGCUCAUUUUCACCUAGCUCAGACCAGAUUCCUGCAUAGACUACUUGAACCAAUGCUGCAUGUGUGAUGUUCACUUUUGAUGACUUGGUAUCUCCUACUUCAGAUGGAUGAGUUAGAUUCUUUAAACUUUCCUUUACAAGUAUUAUCAGUAGUUUGCAUUUAAAUGGAGUGACUUUUUUUUAAUAAUCACUUUUGGAUGAGAACAUUUCAUUUUGAUACUGUUUGAUGUUUUGAUACAUGGUGACCAGAAAGUGUGCUAAAACUGAGGUUUUCCCCUGCUUUUUAUUUGUAUCCUUUAUUUUUAUUUAUUUUUUAUAUUUCUUUUGGCACAAUAUUUCAUGCAAUAAGAUGACUGCUGAGUUACAGAUUUAAAGGUGUUAUGUGGUUAGCAAUGUGCCUCAGGCACAUGGUGAAACACAGUGUGCAUCGGUAUGUGAAUUUCAUUGAAAUGUUUGUGUAAAUGAAUGUGAUGCUAAAAUCAUAACAUUUAUUUUUCAUAGACUGUUGUUUUUGAUGUUCCCUCAACCAACAUGUAUACACUCCUAUCUGAACUAAGCCCACUGAAGAAAGGGGAUGACACUAUACAUGUACAAGUUUUGUUUGAAUGUCCUUCCCAGUCCAACCCAGAGAAAAAUAAAAAUACACAAGAUACCAAACAGUGCUCUGCGUGCAUGAGCGAAGUCUGUCUGAAACAUAAUCAUAAGAGAUGAUGACAUAAGCAGCUUCUUUUGUGAUACAAAGUAUUCUUCAAUCCCAAGAUGCCACAGCUGAAUAUACCAGUUAACAUUUCUGCCUGGGUUUGGUUGCAGCAGGUUCACCUCACCUUUAUUUUGCUAGCUUCUUUUAACUAACCUAAUGUCUCCGUAGCAUAUGUGCCGCAUGUGGAUGUGUAUGUUUACAAUGCUGCAUUUUGUUGGGCCACUGUGAUCCAUGCUGCUAAUAUUUACAAGCUGGCUGUAUGUGUGAUAUUCAAUACAUAUAUGUACAGGUGCACAUAAGAGAGAAUCUUACUAAACAAUUACAUACUGCAGCUAAGAAGGAAGAAAUGGAUGAAUAGUAGUAAUUUCACUUUUGCAGAGUUUACACAUAUUUAACAUGAUAAGGAUGCUAUUAAAUAGCAGUUCCAUAGCCCUGCCUGAUGAAAAUAGCAUAAAUUAUACGAUUUUUAGGCAAAUUCACACAUUGAGUGGUCGUCAUGCUUGAGUGGCUUGUCUUCUUUGUGGUAAUGCGUAACCUUACCCUCUAUUGUAUAGUAGCUGCUGUGAUAGCCACAAACUGGCUGCUUACGACAUUCAGCUCCAGAUGAUAAAGGUAAUGACGAGACAGAGCUUGUUGCAAGUGAUGUAACAGUGCUUGUGUUGAAACAUUACUGCUUCUGUUCAUAGACUUACCAGGAGGAUGGCAGUAACAUCUCAGAGGCUAUAAAUUCAGCUUCAUAAGCAUAGGACCGAGGGUUUUUAUCCUCUUUAUUUUGUGAUUUUUGGAAGCUGAGUAGUGUGAGUUGACCAUGUAAUCAGCAUAGAGUUAAAGCAAGACACAGAGUGUAUGGACGUACUAAAGCAAUAGGGAUAUUGUGUGUACUACCGCUCUCAUCUUCUGCUGCUAUGGAAAGCUGAUUACUAACUACAUGUAUGCACACCAAGGUGUGUCAGAAACCAGGAGCAUUAAUAGAUAAAAAUAGAAUAACACUUUUGCUGUCAUAAUAGAUUAAGACUAAUACUAACAUGCAUGGAAAUCCUGCUGAGCAGUAUUUAGACGCACAAAUAUUUGUCAAAUUCUUUGGGUGGAGGAAGCAAACAGUAGUACCAGAUUAUUUAUCAUAAAAAAAAAAUCUACCCUGAAAGAAGAAUCGAAGUUAAUAAAACAAGGAAGGAAAGUGCAUCUAUCUCAUUGCCUAUAGCAGUUACGGUUUAAGUCCAUCCCAGGUUAUGAACAAAACAGGAACAAGAAAUCAAAAUGAUAACUAAAAAACAUUUCAAUGUUGCAAAGCAUAACAUUUAAUACAAGCACAUAUACCCAUCACUUUAAUUUUUGAAGACUGCAUUUUGAGGUUAACUAAAUGUACAUGCUUGACAAACACUUGGUGAUUGAGAAGUCACUGAUUCUACCUUGAAAUUAUUUUUGUCUGCCAUCACUCAAUCAAGCCUAUCUUAUUUUACUUCUCUCCCUUACUUUCUUGGGCAUGGUCAAUGUUUUACUGUUGAUGCACCAUGCACAGGAACUUAUGUACACAGUACAGUAUUUUGCAUGUCAUCAGAAGUGCAACAGUUAGUGUCUAAAUAAUAUGUGUAGUUGGCUAGGAAACUUUAGCCAAUACUGAAUAUACACUUGCAACUUGGUAUUGUUGUGAUCCUGUAUUACAGCCAAACAUAGAUUUGCUUUUUAUGAGAAUAAUGCUAGAGUACUAUUUCCAAAUUAUAAUGAAAAUCCUCUAAUGUGUGCUGAAAGCUUUUUGCAUAACAAUGUAUAAUGUAUUUGAAUCAGCGGCGCCAAAAAUAAAGCUUAUUUCUAAACAGCUCUUUAGUGGAUGACUAGGGAGGAUGCCAUUUAUUGUCUUGUUCCUCAUAACUGCCUGGUGCAGUUUGAAGGAGCUGUUGUUGGUGACAAUGAGAAUAAAAUGAACUGAGUGUAAUAAAGCAAUGUUAUAAAA